AUGUCAUCAUCAUCAUCUCGAGAUGCCUCUGCUGCCUCGCAACCCCAAGCCCCUUUUUGCACGAAUACCCGCCCUACCACACAUCCCACAGACUCGGGGGAUAUUGAUCGAUUGAUCGAACAUGUGGAAGCACUCUCUAAUCGCUUCUCAGAUGGCUUCGAUGGCUUUGCAAGGGUACUUGUUGCGAGGAUUGAUCGUUUGGAAGAUCAUCUUGUGGGUGCUAUUGAGGGCGCAUGGUCGGAGGGAGGUAAAGGGGGAGAGGUCAGGAAGGGACUAGUUAUUCGAAGGAAGAAUAGUAUGGUGGUUUUGAAGGUAGUGCCUCGGGGAGUGCUGCCUAUCGACGACGUGAAUGAGUUCCAUGUAACUCGCAAUGCAAGGAUGAUGGGGAGUGCUUUCAAAGUCACGGGAGAGGGAAAGGAGAAAAGAAAGUAUGAUAGAACGUGCGCAGGCUACGAUUACGGCUCCUGGGUAAGAGACUUCAGUACUCGGUUCGUAGAGGCGCAACCCAAUACACGAAUUGCGCAAUUCUAUCCCAAUCAAGGGCGUGAAUUGAAGAACACGCUACAGGAGCGAUUUAUUGCGAGCAAAUCUAUUGUAUUACCUACAUUAGACUCGGAGCGCUACAAUAUGCCGAGGAGAAGUGCUGAGACAGUGUAG